AUGGCGGAAGAGUACAUGGACUUUGACCGGUUCAUCGAAACCUAUGAGCUGAAGCUCGACAAAGAGUUUGAUCGCGACGACGUAGAGGCUGCAUGGGCCCCCUCAGCCAACGGCGGUCCUCAGCUUUGGGGAGAUGAGGGAGAUGUAUUCGAGCUUAAUAACGACGACCCCAUGUCAGAACUGGCUGAGAAGUCGAGCGCAGAGCUGAAACUGAGUCCAGACUGGAAGUUUAUGGCAGUUGCAACCAAUGCCGUCAUCAGGAUCUAUACUGCCGAGUCGAAGAUAAUAACGGCCGAGUUUCAUGGACACGAAGAGACAAUUCAAGCCAUUCAAUUCUGGAGGUUGCCCAGCGACGACGCCGAAGACGCCCAUUACGUGGUUUUGUCUCAGGACUCGGAGCCUGCAGGCGCUGAUGGCAUGAUAAUUGCAUGGUACCUUGAUGGAGACGGGAAGCUUAUUGGCGAUACAGAGAAUCCCAUUCAGUUCGAAGGUAGAUUCCUCUCGGCAAGCGCAAACGCUCUGCGCUGCAACGGGUCUCAUUUCAUGCAUUCGGAUCGAAGCAUGACAACGCAGGGUUGGCCGAGACCAAGCGACUGGCUCCCACAGCUCGUCAUUCGCUCUCUUUCGAGUCCUCUUACCGAAGUCUGCCGACUCAAAGGCCACCAGGAUUCCAUCAAAUGGGCUUCGUGGUCUCCCGCCGACCCAAACGUCAUAGCAUCGGCAUCUUGGGAUGAGAGCUGUCGAAUCUGGAACGCUGCGACAGGCAAAGUCACUCACGUCGUUCAAAUCGCUGACGGACAAAACUGGACGGGCGACUUUUCACCCAAUGGAGAACAGAUUGUGUUUGCUGGUAGAAGCCGGAGCGGUCCACCACACCUUGCAAUUUACGACGUUGCGACUGGCAACAAAAUCCUGCAAGCUGAGAUGCCGGGUUUCAGAGGCUGGUAUACACCACUCGCAUGGUCUCCAAACGGCGACGUCAUUACCUUUGUGGUCAAUCGCUCUGUCAUCCUAUGGGAUGUUGCCACGAACAAUACCGCAGAAGUCAUGAAGGUGCAAAGCGACGGUAGUUUACGCGACGAUUUUUGCGACAUCACGAGCUUGAAAUGGCUUGAUCGAAAGGGCAGCAAGCUUCUCGUCCGACUUACUGACCAUACCGUCUUUGUCUGGGACAGGCAGCGCAAUUGGAAGUGGAGAUUCCAGCGGCCGCCGGAACUGCAGCAGUUGGCGACACUCUCAAGUGCAGAGGCCUUCCUCGAAGAAGAGAACAAGCUGAUUUGUCUCGACGGAGAUUGGCGGAUGCGCACUUGGGAACUCAAAUGA